CUAGCACUAUUUAAAACAGCGGUUGAGUUACUUUCUUUGCAGUCAUAGAAGAAAAGUCCUGUCCUGACGAUUAAGAGAAGGAAAAAUGAAGGUCAACCUGCUGUUGCCCACCGCGGCUCUGCUGGUGACGGUCUUGGCUGUUACGAUAGAUGGCGCUGCAGCCAAUGUUGCGCAGCGAAGACAGAAGAGGGUGGCAGAUUUGAAUGUGUUUGCCGCGGCAGUGCGCGCCCAGCUGGAAUCCUGUAAGCCAGAUAUUUGCUUCGCCAUCGAUUCUUCUAAUAGUCUCACGGAGGCCGGUUUGCAAGACGAGAAGAACUUUGUAAUGGCGCUAAUGCGAGAAAUUGCCAGUUUUGGCCAGGACGUACAGGCCCGCUACGCCGCCGUCAUCUUCGCUACCAACGUCUCCCUAAUCUUUGAUUUCAACGUGGAUCAGUCCCUCGCCUCCCUGGAUGCACGAAUCGCCGCAUUGCCGUUCUACAAAGGAAGGACGAAUAUACCGGAUGCGAUGGAGUUGUGUCGGGAGGCCCUUACGAACCCCGUCUACGGUCCCCGGCCACCAGGAGACAGGAGCGCUGCAGUCGCCAUCGUUCUGACUGAUGGAGUGGCUAAUGAAGGACAAAUCACAAUCGCGGAGGCUGCGCGCCGUAUGGCCCUCUCCGGGGUAAAGUCUCUUGCUGUAGGGGCUGGGCCCGGUAUAGAUGACGCCCAACUCCUGGAGAUAGCACAAGGACGACAGGCGAAUGUCUUCUCCGUGGGAAGCACCGCCGAACUUGUCGAUAUUGCGCAGAACAUAGGUGUCUCUUCUUGUGCUGAUAUUGACACUACAACUACAGCUACGACACCAGCAGAAGGUAAGUCUGCUUAUGCUUUCACCAUAUUCGGUUGGGGUCAGGUGUUUUCAUAA